AUGCGUAUUCCCGUAGACCCGAGCACCAGCAGGCGCUUCACACCCCCCUCCACGGCCUUCCCCUGCGGCAAGAUGGGAGAGAACAGCGGGGCGCUGGGGGCCCCCGCGCCGGGCGCCCGCGCUCGGCCCGAGGUCCGCUCCGUCGUGGAUGUACUGGCCGACCACGCCGGAGAGCUGGUGCGCACCGACAGCCCCAACUUCUUGUGCUCCGUGCUGCCGUCCCACUGGAGGUGCAACAAGACGCUGCCCGUCGCCUUCAAGGUUGUAGCCCUCGGAGAUGUUCCCGAUGGGACCGUGGUCACGGUGAUGGCGGGGAACGACGAAAAUUACUCGGCGGAGCUGCGCAACGCCUCCGCCGUGAUGAAAAACCAAGUAGCAAGAUUUAACGACCUCAGAUUUGUUGGGAGAAGCGGCAGGGGAAAAAGCUUCACCCUGACCAUCACUGUGUUCACCAACCCCACCCAAGUCGCCACCUAUCACCGAGCCAUCAAAGUGACCGUAGAUGGACCCCGGGAGCCACGAAGGCACAGACAAAAGCUAGAAGACCAAGCCAAACCCUUCACCGACCGCUACGGGGAGCUGGAACGGCUGCGCCAGUCCAUGAGAGUCACCCCGACAACACCCAACCCCCGCGGAUCCCUCAGCACCCCGAGCCACUUCGGGUCCCAGGCUCAGACUCCAAUACAAGGCACGUCAGACCUGAGCCCCUUCUCUGACCCCCGGCAGUUCGACCGCUCCUUCCCGACGCUGCCGGCGCUCACCGAGACCAGGUUCUCCGACCCACGGAUGCAUUAUCCCGGCGCCAUGUCCGCCGCCUUCCCGUACACCGCCACCCCCUCGGCCACGGGCAUCGGGGGCAUCAGCAUGACCAGCAUGCCCACCACGACGCGCUUCCACCACACCUACCUGCCGCCCCCCUACCCCGGCUCCACGCAGAACCAGAGCGGACCCUUCCAGGCCAACCCCUCUCCGUACCAUUUGUACUACGGCACGUCCUCGGGCUCCUACCAGUUCUCCAUGGUGGCGGGCGGCGAGCGCUCGCCCACCCGGAUGCUCUCGUCCUGCACAAGCGCCUCAGCGGGGAACAACCUAAUGAAUCCCACCCUGGGCAAUCAGAACGACGGGGUGGAUGCGGACGGGAGCCACAGUAACUCACCCACGACCAUGACGACUACUGGGAGGAUGGAUGAGUCGGUCUGGAGACCCUACUAGGAGGAACUCGGCUGUGCGCCGAUGUCUUUUAACUCAAUCAGCCACCUUUUGCUCCUUUUGGUAGUGACCAGAGCAAAGUGAUGCCUAAACCAAAGCCUCCCAAACCAAAAGCAAACCAGGAUCCUCUGCAUGCAAGCACGGGCAAACAUCAAGCAAAGACGGACCAGGACCUACGUUACAUUUCAAGAUGAACAUCCACGAGGCUUGAUGUGGUUCCUUUUGUGUGUCUUAAAUAUGUGGAUUGUACAUAGGGGGGAAAAAAAAAAGGACAUGUGGAAUCAGAUGUUUGUUACUCACAGAACACUUCUCAGUCAUCUCACUCACACCUCUUCCCCUCAAAAAGAGUGAAGAAAAGCUUCACCCUUCAGAAUGGUUCAGAGAAGAGAAAAGACCAGGGAGUUGCCCAAACCGUCUCUCUGCCAGCGCAAGAGGACUGAACUGAGAAAAAAAAAGAAAAAAGGAGGGGAAAAAAAAAAAAAGAAAAAAAAAAAUCCCAUUGUCUCUUCUCCUUCCCUUCCCACUGGUGUAGGGUCCCUGACCACCAAAGAGCUCCGGAACGACGCCAGAGCAGUCGGGUUUACAGCACAACCGUGGGGAUCGGGCACGGCGGGGCUGCGCCGGCGUCAGCCACGUGAACAGGAGCUGUGAUGUGAUUAUUAUUAUUAUUAUUAUUAUUUGCUGUUGGCGACAGAGGUUGUAUUGUUCAUUUUUUUGUCAUUGUCGUCACUUUUAAAACAGUAACGUGGCUGAUCCCGUGCCUGACGGGCCCCUUUUCUCUAUGUUUACACACGAGAUGUACUUUUUACGCGACGUGUUUUGUUUUGUUUUGUUUGCUCUUCUGUCCUGACCUCACCACUCAGUUCUUUGCUCCUCUUAGCAGAUCUCAGUGAUGGUGGCUGAAGUGAAGGUGGCAUUCAGGACAAUCCAAGACGGAUGAGAUGCACUUCCAAGCGCGUUAGCUGCAAAAGAGACUUGGGGGCCUUUGGCAUGUGCUUGCCACUGCUCUCCGGGUCUUCUUUCCUCCUCUCUGAGUGGCAACACAUGCAGCUGGUGGCAAAGCAUCAUCACUCUGUUAUGAUUCUUUCCCACGUUUUCACCCAGAGUGGAUUGACACGAUGACUUUUUAUUUUGACUUACACUUGUCGGUUCACGCUGAAAGCUCUAACUGAGAUUUGGAGAAAGGAGCACUUUCUACACUUGGUGGUUGGGAAUAUUGUGAAGUGAUGUUAUCUAGUCUUUUCCAUCCCCUCACCCUCCUUCCCUUCCCCUCAGGUGACCCAGAGCAUGGGGUAUCUUGCUGUAGAUGAAUAAGCUGAAGAAGGGCCACUGAAGGUACUAUCAGCCCAUCAAUGACUGGUUGCAUCUUGUGGCAUUUGGAGGAACCAGCUCUCCCAGGCACCCUUGUAGCUGAUACCAAAGACAUUGCAACCAAACAGGGCCAUAAUGGAGGUCGUAGGCAGCUGGAGAGGCCGUCUGGGCUCCUCCAAGCCGGGGUCAGUGGUUUGGCUCUGAUGCACAAUGCAGGGCUUGUCACCUCCUGCAAGCCAGCUGGGCUUUCUGCUGGCAUGGGAAUUGGGGCUGGAUUCAUGAUUCCCUACCCUGGCAGGGCUGAGGGUGUGUGGAUGGGUUCCUGGGGAAUGUGUAACUGCAGUACCCACUGCCCUCCAGAGCCUCCCCUGCAGCGCGGGGACACGGACAGCCCCAGCCCCCAGCACCACCAGUAACCGAGCCUUUGUCUUUUAAUUUUUUACCAUGAACAUCCGAAAAUUGAAACCCUGUAGCUGCCCCCCUGGGCCCCUCUGCCUCGGUCACACCAUCACAGCCACGUCACCUGUCCCCAAAUCUCAGUUGGCAGCUUGUCAGCCCUCGGUCGAGGCACAGAGCGUUGUAAUUGCACUACCACGUCGAGACUGGAGCAAGACAUCCUGGCUUAGUUGGAAAGCUGCGAUGACCACUCAUGAGUUCAAUAAGCAACAAGAAGAACAACUCUUUUAAAUAAUAAUAAUAAUGAUAAUGAUGAUAAUAAUAAAAAUAAAAAGCCUUACCCCAGCAAAACUGCAACCUUCACUUGCCUUAGCGCCAGCAGGCACCGUGCCGGCGCUCGCCGGCUCUGGAACUGGACCACGGCAGCCUGUGUUUGAUGCAUUUACAUUUGUCAUCCACUGAUUGAAAGCACAAAGGAAACAAGGCAUUCGUAGUACUAGGUUAAUUUAAGACUGUUCGUAAUGAAUUUUAAAAGAGAAAAUAAUAAGAAUGGCAACAAUGUUGUUUUUAUGACAUAUUGUCAUGUGAAGGUGUAAAUAGAUGCACCUCUGUUGUAUGCAAAUGGUCAUGAGACAGGCCAAUGUUUUUUGCUUUGCACUAUAAUUUGCUUUUUUAAAAAAUGCACAAUCGCUUGUACAGUAAAACCCCUUUGUCUGGCUCACAGAAUAUUUAACUAUAAAAUCUAAUUUUUGGUCUUAUUUGUUAUAAUAAUAUAAUUCUUAAGUGUGUUGAAGGAUACGAUUCUUAAUAAUGCUUCUAAUACUUGUACGUGCAGGGUAAAAUAACACCAGACUAAGGAGAUGAGAACAAAGAUCUUUGUAGAUAAAGAAGGCUGAAGUUUUUGGUUUUUUUAAUGGUGUCUUACAGUGGACAUUAAAAAAAAAAAGCUAGUGAUACCAAAAAAUGUGGUUAUUUGUGUAAUAUACCAGCCCUACUUGAAGGUAAUGCCCUAUAUUUAAUAUGUAGCCCAACUUUUUAAC